GACUCAGGCAGGAAAAGAGUGGGCGGGGCGAUGAUUAGUUGAGGGCCAGCCAGCGAGAACCAGACAGAGGGUCUGUGGUCCUCUUCUCUGAUGUUCGUGGGCUUACUUCCAGUCACUGCCAUCGUCAGCCAUGGACAAGCACCGCCACCCUAAGUGUCUGACGGCGUUGAUGGUUGGGGUGCCCAGCCUCAUUCACGUCUCCGGAACACCAGGCAACCACACGUUCACCGGCCCCGUUGUGGUGCUGCUGGACAUCCUGGCGGAGCACCUGCGCCUGUGCUUGGAAUACGUGAUGUCGAAGGAGCGCGUGUAUGGCCGACUGACCCCCAAUGGCUCGUGGGAGGGAAUGAUGGGCAUCGUGCAGCGGCGGGAGGUGGACAUGACCGGGGCACUUUUCACCGUGUCUUCAGCAAGGCUGCCUGCCGCGGACUUCAGUGAACCUAUCUACACAGAUGAAAUGACUGCCAUGUACAUCCGGCCAGGUGUGGAACCCAACAUUGCGGGUUUCCUCAUGCCUUACACACCCCUUGUGUGGCUGCUGGUGGGUGUUGCUUUUCUCCUGAAUACUUGCGCCAUGGUGCUCGUCAUGCUUGGUGAGGUCUCUUGGCACAGCCCUCAAAGGCAAAGCAGUGCUCAGUAUGAGAAUGUGGCAGCAUUGAGGCGCUUUUGGAGUGGCUGGUUAUGGGCACUGAAAAAGUCUUUCCUCUGGACGUGGUCAACGCUGCUAGCUGUCAGUGUGUUUUGGAACCCGGUGUGGGGGCUGACCCGUUACAUUGGAGGUUUGUGGCUUAUAGCUUCUCUCAUCCUGGACACCAUGUAUCGCUCCAACCUCAAGGCCAUGCUCACCAUUCAGAGAGCCAACAUUCCCUUCAACAACGUGGAGGAGUUGGCUGACUCAAACAUCCCCAUCGCCAUUUAUAAAGACUCGACUCUUGACUUUCAAAUUAUGAGAGCUGAUCCAAGCACUUCACUUGGCCGGCUGAAGGAUCAACUUGUGAAGUACUACGUGGACGAGGUCAUGCUAGGAAUAGAUAACACCUACAAAGGGCAGCAUGCCUCCACUUCUUACAAACUUGGCCUUCCAGGAAUAAUACAAUAUUAUUACUCUAAAACUGGGAAGUGUGACACAUACAUAAUGUCUCAUGGCUACCUGGGCCCCUCUUGCCUCAGUCUGGCAUUUCCCAAAGGCUCACACCACAAAGAAGCAAUUGACGCAGUAAUCCUGAGACUCAGAGAGACUGGGAUCAUUAACAAGGUGCUCUCAGAGGAUUUUGUUAACGCCCCAGAGUGCAUGAAGCCGCUGACCGCUGUGGCUGUUCCAAUGCAGCGACAGCUUCAGCUUUUAGACUUUCUUGGAGUUUUUGCAUUGUAUUCAGGAGGAAUCAUUUUGGCCAGUAUUUCUUUCUUACUGGAGCUGACUAGCCAUGGUCCAAGGCAGACGCGGCCCAUCAAGGUAGAGGCAUCUAGAAGUGGUAAAAGUCCACGAGCCAAGACGCUGAGACCUUCCCUCUGUGACUCUAAGGGACGCUGGGUCUUCUGUGCCACCUUGAUGAAGAAGCGCAUGUGAAAAAUGGAGAUCUCUGUAUAAGUUUUAGGAAUGGACCAAUGAUCUAAUCAUUUGAUAAUUUCUUUUAUUUAUGAAUAAAUUCCCAAUAUUGAAAACAAACAUAUAUUAAACUAUCUAACAAACCUCUAGUUAAUGAAAAUCAUACUUAUUGAACUAUUUGAACCUACAAUAAUCAUUAUAUGAUACAUUUCUUAUUUGAUUAUUUUUUUAAGGAAGCAAAACAAUUGACACUCAGAUUUGAUAAAACAAUACUUUAUCCAGUACCUUGUAUAUGGAUAUUAAUAC